AUGGACUUGGAGGCACUCUCGAGUGUCAGUCCGCCUAGAGGCAUCGUGGAGGACCAUUCCCAGAUUUCUGUUGAGCGAGUCAACUGCGUCGCUGAACUCGUGAUAGAUGCGAAGCGUGGGGGUCGUGAGCGUGAAGCAGUCGAGCAAGUGCCACCCCCAGCGGAGAGACAGGCCGGAGGUUGCGAUGGAGGGCAAGUUCAGAUGGUCCAACAGAAGCACCCAGGAGGCCUUAAGUUCCUCUACAUAUCAGACUUGCUAUGCACUUACGGCGAGUGGCAAGAUUUUUCUGACACGACAUCCCAGCGGACGGUGCCCGAUUGCUCGGGUGCUUUCGAACAGAACGGCCACGACCGUCACGAAGAACCCAUGGACCUUCGAAUGAGUCCUUUGUAUUACAGCGACGGGGAUCCUGGAAAGGCCAUGAGCUGGCAAGUAUUGACUCGGAAACCGGGUACUGAAAACGAUGUCAAUUAGAGGCUGAGGGAAUGAUAUCCCACGCGUUACGGCGGAGGGUGAUGUUGUAACAAUGGUUUCGUAUUUUGCCAAACCUGGCAGAGGUGAGGGGACCACAAAUCAAUGCGGUACCUGGAGGAAUGAGUUUUGAAGCGACCUGCACAGCGAGGGGAGAGAACAUUGCUGUGGUGUUUGGCGCUGCUCUGAAAAGGAACUGCAUGAGGGAGAUGGACAAGCUUCAGCGCCAAAUGCUAUGUGCUGGGCUAUGUGGAAGAGUGAAAAACUCAUGCGAAGCGAACAAGGUCAUAUGGGUUCUGGCCCCAUUCAUCUUGGUUAAGAUCCGGGAGAAGCCAGCGUUUCAGGAGACCCGGCCGCACUUGGACCGCGGCUGGGUCUUAAACCACCUGCUUCUGCUUGCUCUAAUGCAGGUGAGCUCGAAAAUUUUGUUGACGCGGUACGAGGUUUUCGCUCACAAGACUGCCUGUAGCCAAUGAGGCUCGGAUGCAAACCACUGUUAAGGCCACAAAAUCGGCAGUUGGCCUCCACGGCUAAGGAGUUUUCCAGGAAUUCCUGCCUGAAGCUUUUCUGUU